GCGCGUUUUUUAGUGUGAGCAGAGCAGCAAAAGCAAACUAGUCCUCUGGGUUUGGUGCCAUUAUCCUGAUUUUGGCGAGGACGUUUAUGGAUUGCAUGUGUGAGGUGGAUCGGGUUUGAUCACGUUUUGAGACACGUGCAAAGACUGGCCUCUACCGUAUUUCAUUUUCUUUUCUUUUCUUUUACUCCAUUUAAUUUCACUCAAGCAAUUCAGGAAGAGUAAAAUUUCCUAUAUCUGUACCCUGAACUUUUUGAAGGUUGAGACUGUUUCAGGUCUAAAUUUCUCACAUUUUGAAAUCAGUGCUUGACCUAUUGUUUUUUUGUCAAAUAAGCACAACAGAGACCUAAAAUUCACUUUAUUUGAUUUGUUUUUUUCAUCAGUACUUACUCCCAUCGAUCGCUGUCCUUCUGAGAGACAGCUGUCAGAAUAAAACCCCUAAAAUAUAUUUUUUGUAUUGUGUGGUGUUUCCUUACAACCCGUAGGUCACAUUUUGGUACCAGGAGUGGGGUAUCUGACUGUUGGGAGUCUAUAGGUCAGUUUUUUUUUUUUUAAUGUUUUGAAAUACGGUAGAGCUGAAGAUAGGUGCUUGUGGAGCACGGAGUGAAGGCAAACUUCCUGGGUGCGGUUGUCCAGCGAACAGACGUCGACCGGCUGGAGGUGACAACACUGAUAAGCGAGAGGAAGAAGAGUGCCUUUCCAACGAGGUUUGCAGCGUGCUUUCCAAGGAGACACCUAUCAAGAGACUGUCUAAAAGGGAAGAGGGAUGUAUUCUAUGAGGAGCUGAGAACAUAUCCUUUGACUCCCAGAUAAUAACGAACUGAUUAAGAGAAUAUUUUUGACCAAAGCAGCUGUUUCCAUUUUGUUAAACUGAAGAAAGUUGUAUACUCCAACAAUGUCACAAUCAGAUGAUGUUGCUCCACUUUUACCAGUGGAUGAGUAUGGUGAUGAACGGGAUGCAAGUAGUGGUAGGCAUGACAUGUACGUACAAAUUCAAGAACUUAAUAGAAAGCAUGAGGAAACUAUGGCAGCAAUUGCUAAUUUAAGCAGAGAGCCAACCAGGUCUUAUAUUUAUGUACCGAGAGAACGUCAUAUACAACCAUUCAGUGGUGAUUUGAACAAAGAUGGGAGAUAUGUUGACGAGUUUAUUGAAGAGGUAGAGAGGGUGAUGCAUGCUAGAAGUCAGACUAUGGAGGACCAGUUAGACUUUGUCCUCUCACUUCUAAAAGGGGCAGCUUUAGAGGAGGUCAGAUUGCGAAUGGGGAAUGAUGCAAAACAUCCAUGUGACAUUUUUGAAUAUCUGAGAGCAGCUUUCAGAGAAAAGCGCAGUGUAUCCCAGCUAUUGCAAACCUUCUAUAGCCGUAGACAAUUAGAAGGGGAGGAGAUUCGUGCCUACUCCCAUGCACUGUCCCAGAUUCUGAACUCUAUUCAGAAACAAUCAGCAAAUGCAGUGGCAAAUGCGAGCAUGGCAAUUCGAGACCAAUUCAUUGAGGGCAUUAGAGACACUAGCCUUAGGAGAGACCUUCGGAAGCUGGUUAGAGACAAGCCAGAGUCAACACUUAUUGAAGUGCGUGAUGAAGCUCUCACGUGGUCUUUAGAAGAUCCCAAGCCUCGUGUCCCAAAAGUAAUCAGCAAUCGAAGUGUUGUGUCUGAGACCGUUGAAGCCCAGUGUGCUGCUGUUGCACCUGAAACAAAAACAGUUAGUCUUGAAGAAGUUUUGAAAAUUGUAGCAGAACAAGGAAAGGCUAGAGGAGAGCUAACCCAAGCUGUGGAGAAACUCACCACACAGUGCUUCAAGUCAGAGCCUGUGACCCAAAGCAACCCCAAGUUGCAGCCAAGGUUUACUGAUGAUGGGCAGCCCAAUUUGUUUCCGGUGUAA